AUGCUCAUCAACAUCGCUAAAUGUGUUUUUGGUGCAUCAGAGGUAACAUUUCUAGGCUACCACAUCUCACAACAUGGCACGAAACCUCUGGAAAGUAAAGUUCAGGCUAUAAAGGAGUACCCUGUUCCUAAGACAGCCAAACAGCUUAGGAGGUUCUUGGGCAUGAUAAACUUUUAUAGGAGGUUUAUCCCCCAAGCUGCCAAGAUCCAAGCACCCUUGAAUGCCUUAUUGACUGGCGCUGUUAAAGCAUCGCAUCCUGUCAAUUUAAAUGGAGACUCGUUGAAAGGCUUCGAAAAGUGCAAGGAAAGUUUAUGCAAUGCAGCAUUGUUGGCACAUCCUGACUCAAAGGCAAAACUAGGUCUUGUAACUGACGCUUCUGAUCUUGCAAUAAGUGGAGUCUUGCAACAGCAAAUUGGUGGUAAUUGGCAGCCCCUAGCCUUUCUCUCUCGUAAAUUGAGCCCGUUGCAAAGGAAAUACUCACCGUACGAUAGGGAGGUCCUUGCUGUUUACGAGAGCAUUAAGUACUUUAGACAUUGGCUAGAGGCAACACCAUUCACCAUCUAUACCGACCAUAAGCCGCUGUGCUUUGCAUUUCGCGAACGAAAGGCAAAUUGCAGUCCACGGCACUUUAGGCAUCUAGACUACAUAUCACAGUUCUCAACCGACAUACAACACAUCGCCGGGAAAGAUAAUGUCGUUGCUGACACGCUUUCCCGGGUUGAGCAGGUCGAUGAACUGCUAAGCCCUGUAGAUCUUGUCAUUGCCAAGGCUCAAUACUCCGAUCCUGAAUUUGCAGAUUUGCUAAGGCAGGACACUUCCUUACAAGUUGAAAAAAUAAAGAUACCUGGUAGUCGCAAUGAACUGUACUGCGACGUCAGCACAACGACUCCCAGGCCUUUAGUCCCUAAAGACUUACGCAAGCAAAUUUUCGAUAGCUUGCACUCGCUAAGCCAUCCCGGCGCUAACGCUAGCGCAAAACUUGUGGCAGAACGCUUUGUCUGGCCACUGAUGAGGAAAGACUGUCGCGAAUGGUCUAAGGCGUAUUUGGCUUGCCAGCACACAAAGGUAAAUCGACACGUUUCGACGCCUUUUGGUACGCUCGAUUUACCUACGGCGCGAUUCAACUACGUCCACUUAGAACUUAUCGGACCUUUACCUCCGUCUGGUGAUUAUCGGUAUUGUUUAACAGCUGUCGAUCGCUUCACGCGAUGGACUGAAGCUGUACCACUAAAGGAUAUCACCGCGGAAUCAGUGGCUAAAGCGUUUUUAUCGGGAUGGAUGGCGCGGUUCGGUUGCCUAACCGAUAUUGUCACCGAUCGCGGUAGGCAAUUCGAAUCAGCACUAUUCGCUCAGUUAUCAAGGUUCAUUGGCUUUAAGCAUCGCAGGACUACCAGCUAUCACCCUCAAUGCAAUAGUCUCGUCGAAAGAUUACAUCGGCAAUUAAAAACAGCAAUCAUGUGCCAUGCCGAUAGCAGCUGGACUGAAGCUUUGCCAAUAGUGCUUCUCGGCAUAAGAAGCUCUUUCAAAGAAGAUCUUCAGUCUUCCUCAGCCGAGUUAGUAUACGGCGAGCCAUUGCGACUAUCUGGUGAAUUUUUUGGCCACAAAGUUGAUAAAUGUACGACUGACAUAACGGACUUUUCAGCCCGUAUCAGAUCAUUUGCCAAUAAGUUACAACCAGUGCCAACUUCACACCAUGCGCAAAACAAAAUCUUUAUUUAUAAAGAUCUAACAUCUUGUUCGCAUAUUUUCCUCAGAGAAGAUAGUUUGAGAGCUGCGUUACAACCGGCAUAUACUGGUCCUUACGAGGUCGUUGAGAGAAAUAAAAAAACUUUUAAAAUCAGAGUAAAGGGCAAAGUCGUGACAGUAUUGGUAGACCGACUGAAACCAGCCUACAUACUGUCCCACUCCAAUGACCCCACUCAAACUCCUUCUCCACCACUUAAACCAACUCCACUUCCAAAUACCAGCCCAUCGCCAACAACUGUGUGCAAAACAACUCGUUCUGGGAGCAGAGUAUAUUUCCCAGAUUAUUAUCGCCCGUAG